CCCAUCUCUAUCUUUUGCCAAACCUUCUGACUUGUUCAUUGUCUUCCGUCUUCCGUCUUCCAAUCAUCCCAAAUCCACUCGUCAAUCUAUAUCAAUCUUCAUCGACCAGCAGGACCCCAUUUCAACCAGUUAUACCUCAAGAAUAACCACCCCCCAGACACUUCCGAUAACCCCUUCACCGUCGUACCCCGUCACAUACAUCACUCCGCCCUCUUGUCAAACAUUGCUACCACAUACUACACUACAUACAUACAUACAGACUACUACAUACAUACAUACCUACAUACCUACAUACCUACCUACAUAUCAUUCGAAUGCAAUAACUCAAUAUCAAACCAUCUGUCCAAUUACUAUAAAAAAAGUUCGCGACACGAUCCAGAACUCCCCAACCACGCAUUCAAUCAAGUCUUCAUAUUAUCCAUACAUUUCUCCCACCGCCGCGCGCACUUUCACUUGCUUACCUACCUAUACACAUAACUACGUGGUCCAUUGGAAAACGCAUAACUUUCCAAAACGUCCACGUAUGAUUCCAAGUUGUGAACAAGUUACUUGUGCAGUUUCCCUACCUGGGUAUCUCUACAUCAAUUCAUCCGAAAGAAAAAGACAAGAAUUACCUUCAUAUUAUGUUGUCAAUUGCACUUCAAACUCGCACCCGUUUUAAUUGAACAAGUACACUCCCUUAUCGAUACAAUCCAAGUCGCCUACAUCGACCAGCCUCUAGAAUUUCGAACAACUACAUACUCGCCGACUCCUAAAAAUGCCAACAGGAUUAGCUGAAUUUCGCCUUCCCGGCCAUAUCGCAGAGAGAAAAGCUAGAGAAAGCUUACCAGAAUUAGAUAUGGAUCUUUCGUGCUCAAUUCAUACACAAAACUCAUCGGCAUCGGAGCUACCAUCACCAGUCACACCAACUUUCUCUACACGAGGACAUAUGAGGCAUCCAAGCUCAGCGUCGUCAAUUGAAUCUCAAUAUCUCUACGAGAGUCCGUCUUCACCCACAUUCACAAGCCAUAAAUCUGGAAAGCGAUCACUACCUGACGUUCAAGAAGAACCUCCUCGCGAACGAGAAAAUGACUUUAUGUUUGAAGAUGACGACGAUGACGAUCUCCUGGAUUGCGAUGAACUAUACAAUUGCUUGUGUGACGAUCUGUAUUGCUUGCACAGCGAUACAUCUAUGGCUCAAAGCUCAGUUCAAUUGUCUACUAAUCAAGACUUUGAUUAUGACCUUUCCGACGAAUUCUUUAGUGAUGGAGAAUUCUCGAUCAAUUCAAGAUACAAGAAGAGGAGAGGAAACGAAUCGCCGCUCAAUGGACUCACAUCUCGAUUCGGAACCAAGUUCCCCUCUUUCGCACGCAAGUGGAAUUCCAGAAAAGGUACGGGUUCCUCAGCAGCAUCUAUCAGCUCUGAUACACAAAGAGAUUACGCAACCUCGAGGGCUCCGUCCAGUAGAUCCUCAUCGAGAUCGAAUUCCGGCCGCAGACCCAUGGACGACAAUUCUGAUCUCCAAUUACCGCUCACUCCAUCUAGAAGCUUUUUCGGGGGUCGUGAUAACAGCUCUACAACAUCCUUCCUCGAUAUCGAAAAAGCGAAAACUAGCACAUCGGAAUUCGAAGAAGGAUUGGCUGGCACGCCAUUACUUCCACCUCUAAUGACCGAUGUUUUAGCCAAUGCUCAAUUCAAAAUGCAGUCACCUUUACAAUCACCUUCUGUCGCUGACUCGAGCGAUCCAACGUCUGGUACCAACACGCCAAUUGAUUUCAUAACUACAUACCAAUUACCCGGCAUCCCGUCGCCGCCCCUGAGUACUAAGCCCUCAAUUUCUUCCUUCCAUCGCUCGACAAUCAGAUCGAAUUACAUAAUUCCUUCCUCAGAGAUUCCCUCGAUUCUCAUCGCCGAGGAAAACGACGAGUGGGCGAACAAACUCGGCCAUGCUAACUUUGUGAUUCAUCCUGAGCCUUAUAUUCCCGAGAAUUUUGAUCUCGAAGCUUGCCGGCAACUACGAGCCGACUGGGACCUUGCACGUUGUAACUACACCAAGCAUGUCGUUCGCACAGGUGAACACUAUGGCGUUACUUCAAAAACUUACAAGUUGACUGAGGAGAAAUGGGCCCAAAUAGAUCUCCAGUGGAUGAAGAACAACGAACUUACAAUUGCGACCACAGCUCAGAGCUCCACAGACGCAUUCGCUACUUUGAAACAUGACACACUCGGCAACUCUUCUUCAAGCAAUGUUAUGACCAAAAUUCCGUCACUCAACGAUCCACGCAGCGAAGGCAAAUUCCCUCAGCUUGGCGACGAAGAUAUCGUUGGACCAAUGGUUCAAGCUGCCGCACAACUUCGACGAAACCCCAGCAAGAAAGCCAAGCUUCUCCGAUUUCUCACUGAUAAAUUUCCCGUGGGAUUAGGGAAACCUUGAAUACCAUGGAGAAAAAGCGUCUUUUAGAAGCUUCUGGCCCUCACGAGCCAUCAUUUUUAUUCCUGUUUUUACUUCUGGUUGGUUGAUGGUUGUACCAUCCCGCCAUAUCUAUUUAACGACUUUACGAACGAAACGAAUUUUUAUUAUACCCAAACACUCCUUAGCAAGCAACUAUGAAAAAUACCAACUUGAGAUCCGAGAUCUUUACUAUCCUUCUUUUUUAUUUAGCAUUGUUGUUCUUGUGUAUUGUUUACUGUUUAUUUGAAAUCAUCCAUACUAAUACUAUGGAUGAUUUCUUUUCAUGCGUUUAUUUCCUGUGUUAUUUGUGUUUUCACGUGAAGCGAUGGAGCUGGAGCGCAAAAAAUUUCACUGGGAUUUGAGCUGGGUCUAGACUGGCUUGGCUAAGGGGGAUGAACAGGAGCUUGGAUUAUCGGAUCGGAUGGGAUUAGGCAAAAGUCCCCUAAGAGGGCGAUUAAUGGGACAGCGAACACCUGUGCGUAUUUCUUGUAAUAUACCGGUAGCAGGUAAAGGGCAAGAUACCAAGAGGGGAGAAUGGGACAGAAUAGACAGUUGAUCAAAGGAUGGUGUGGUGGGAAGGACAAGGACGAUCUUGUGGAACCAGGAUGGGAGGGCAAUGGAAGUGGAUAAGCAGUGAUAUUCAACGGGAGGAAUAUUUCGCAACACAACGCAAUGGCGGCUAUCCUUGAAAUUAUCUUUUCAACGAAGAUUUCAAUGUGGAAAAGCGCAAAGCUAGCCAGUCAAUCAACGGAUUGAACAAAUGAGGUGGUAGUCAACAUGGAUGGAGGAUUUUUGAAUAUUAGUUCUAGAUACCCUACCGCUGAAUGGAAAACAUUUUAUCCAAGCA